UAUUCAGUACUGUAAGAAUUUUAAAAAAGAAAAGUUACCGCGAAUUGUGAAAUCUGUUGCGAAUAUUAACUGUCAAAAAGUCGAAAAUAAAAACUUGAAAUGCGGAAUUUUAUUGAAUAUUGUAGCUUAUGUUAUAAACAAAUAAAUUAGGCACAUAAUAUUUUUUAUUAGGCUACACCUAGUAAAUUACCUAAUAUAAUGCGUCGUAAUUGGAGAGGUCGUUACAGAAAUAAUUGGUAUCCAGACCGUCGUAGGAAAACGAAUAGAGAUGCUGAAGACACAAGUUUAGACAAUUCAUCUAGUUCGGCUCGUAUUUCAAGCACUACUGGAUCUUCCAGAGCACCAGCAAACCGAUUACCAAUUGUGGUUCCGGUGAAUUCUGGUAAUAAUAUAUGGAAGAUAUAUUUUCCUACCCAAGACAGCCCAUCUGCAGAAGUUACUAAAAAAAUACAGUGUUUCAAAUCAUUCAUAGAUAAGAAUAAAAAUUUGUUUGAUCUAGAAAAGAUAGAUCAAACUCGUAGUGUACCUUUGGAUGUGCAGAACUUGCAGAAUGAGUUGAUACAAGGGUGGCCCUCCUUUAGCAAUGAUUUAUCAGAAGCUCCCAAUGAUACAUUGAACUUAUUAGAGUACUGUCUACAUGAGACAUUAAAAUGUGAGUCAAAAAUAAAAGUAAGAAUACUAAAUCAUCAACCUGUGAUCCCAUUGGCUAAUCUCAAAGUGAAUUAUUUUGGCAAGUUGGUGACAAUUAAAGGAACAGUGAUAAGAGUGGGGAGUGUGGGACUUAUUUGUACCUCAAUGGCAUUUGAAUGUUCCAGCUGUCAUUGUGUUCAAGCUGUUGUACAGCCACAGGGAAUAUUUACUGCUCCAAACUUUUGCCAGAGUUGUAAUGGUGGUGUGAAAUUUGAACCUAUCCAGUCAUCGCCUUUUACAACUACAACAGACUGGCAAGUCGCGAAAAUACAAGAAAUACAAUCACAGAGCAUAUCAGGAACAAUUCCAAGAAGUGUAGAAAUCGAACUACAAGGUGAUUUGGUGGGCACAGCAUGCCCCGGUGAUGUGCUGUCAGUCACUGGUAUAGUACAGGUGCGUGGUGAAAGUAAGGGUGGUGAAGACGGCAAAAGAGCUGCCAGAUUGUUGCAAUUAUAUAUUGAAGCUGUUUCCAUACACAGCCAAAGAAAUCUUAGCAAUCCAUCUCUUUCUUUCACUUUGAAAGAUUAUUAUGCCAUCCAGGAGAUCCAUGCAUCAGAAGAUGUAUUCAGAUUACUAGUUCACUCUCUGUGUCCAACUAUAUUUGGUCAUGAGCCAGUAAAAGCAGGUCUUAUACUGGGCAUGAUCGGUGGCACAGAGAAUGAAAAUGGAUCAAGGUCCAAUCCACACAUACUUGUUGUUGGCGAUCCUGGAUUAGGAAAAUCGCAGCUGUUACAGGCAGCAGCACAUGCUGCGCCUAGAGGUGUUUAUGUGUGUGGGGCUUCUGCGUCAGCCGGGGGACUCACUGUGGCACUAGGUAGAGAGGCAGGCGGGGAUUUCGCACUCGAAGCUGGUGCACUAGUCCUAGCCGAUAAAGGAGUUUGUUGUAUUGACGAACUUGAUAAGAUGACAGCAUAUCACAGCAGUUUGCUGGAGGCAAUGGAGCAGCGACGCGUGUCAGUGGCGAAGGGCGGCGUGGUGUGCAGCCUGGCCGCGCGCGCCACCGUGCUGGCCGCCGCCAACCCCGCCGCCGGCUCAUACAACAGGGCUAAAACAGUGGCUGAAAACUUAAAACUAAAUUCAGCUCUACUGUCGAGAUUUGACUUAGUCUUUAUUCUCUUGGAUAAACCAGAUGAGAAAAUAGAUGCAAUGCUGUCAGAACAUGUGUUGGCCUUGCAUUCAGGACAUAAAGGCAAAAACACUAAUAAGAAAACCAAUCCAAAUAGUAGUAAUAUUAGCAUUAGUGAUGGUGAUAGCAACCAAUCACUUAGUCAAAGGUUACAACUAAAGCCUGGCGAAGUAAUCGACCAUUUGCCGCUAGUAUUACUGCGCAAAUACAUAGCAUAUGCUAGACGAUACGUUCAUCCAAAACUGAGUGCUGAAGCAGCUAAUGUUUUACAAAAUUUCUACUUGGAACUGCGUCAUAGCCAAGGCGAUACUCAGGAUGGAACGCCUAUUACUACGAGACAGCUGGAAGCUUGUAUACGAUUAACCCAGGCUCGUGCAAGGGUGGACUUGCGAGAGGAGGUCACUGUACAAGACGCAAACGAUGUGAUCAGCCUCAUGAAACACAGUCUUAUUGACACUUUCAGUGAUGAGUUUGGAAACAUACAACUGUCGAGAUCAAUCCAUGGGUCGGGAGUCAGUUCUAGAAGUAAAUUGAAGAAAUUCCUGGAUGUAUUGACCAGACGAUCGCAUCAAUUGGGUAAAGAUAUAUUUACGAGAAAAGAAUUAAUUCAAAUACACAAAGCAGCAAACAUUGGAGGUGAUCCCAACGAUCUCAUAGAAGCAAUGCAUAUACAUUCUUAUUUAUUGUUAAAAGCAUCUAACACAUAUCAACUAAUAGCCAUUUAGACGGUAAGAGAUGUAGUUAUCAAUAAAUUGUAAUGUUUCAAA